AGCUAGAAAAAACAAACAAAUUCUAGUUUGCUGUAAUCAUCGAAGAAAUAGGAUUUAAAAGAAGCAAGCGUGACUGCUCAUUAUUUCAUUCCGUUCCAUUCUUCCUCUCCUCUCUCAACCGCCGCAACGAUGUCGACGCCUAGCGCCUCCAUUUCCAGCCCCUCCGCGUCUCUAAUUCCAGUUGAGAAUGGGAAGGAUUUUGCUCCACCGGUUAAGAAAUUCAAAGUUGACAACACUGAUACUGAUUCCGUUCCUAAAGCCAUGGAAUUUACCCCCGCGGAAGCUUUCAAAAUCUGGCACAAAGUGCUUGGAGAAGAAUACAGUGGCAAAGAUGAGGAAGUUAUGAGGUUGGAGAUGUUCACGAAAUCUUACCUGACCACUCCCUCAGGUUAUGGAUGGCGUUGUCCGACUAUGGCUGAUAGAACCGAACAAGAAAUUGAGCGGUUUAGAGAAGAACAUUGUAUUUAUCGGCCGAUUGAUAAUCAUAUAUCCGUGGAAGACAUCAGAUAUUUGAAAGACUUCGAUCCCGCUGCACACCUGCCAGAAGGUUACCUUCGCUAAAGGUAAGGACCAUCCCCCAAGUGGUGCUAGGAGUUUUCUGGUUUUGGCUGAUUGAACCGAAGAAGAAUUUAAUGAGUUUAGAGAAUUUCAUGUGCUCCCUGUUUGAAUUCCAAAUUUAAGUUGUAAGUUUGACCUUUUUUAAUUAAGGUUGAAUAAGUCCUUUUAAAGUGAAUCCAGCUGACAUUCAAGAGCACAAAUGGAUCACCCUUUUAAGGAUUGAGAUCAGCUGAAAUCUAUCUUCUAUCUUUGGAGUUUGUCAUCUUAGCCUACCUCACUUAGUGGGAUAAGACAAGACUUUUGUGGUUGUUCUUAGUAGUCAUGGAACAAGUUAUUAUUUUAAUUUUAUUUUACAUGUUGUGAGACCAUCUAUAUAUACCUUUUACAGUUGGUAGAAUUGGAAAACAAUGAUAAGAAAUCAUUUGAUUGGA